AAUAGUUAUUUAGGAGAUUAAAUUGUUAGGGGAUGUCUUGUGAUACUGUUCGUAUCCAAAAAUAGUGUACGUAUAUGAAAUAUAAUACCGCGGAUCGAAGUUUUAAUUUAAACGUAUCUCCCUCGAAAGUCAAGAACACACUAUAUUUCUUUAUUAAUUUUCAUUAGAGAAAUCAAUGGCUUUGUCUGCACGAGAUUCGGAACAACAUGCAAGUCGCAACUGGGUUUGUUAGGCCUUGUGAAACACAGCACUCAUCCUAGAUCAUUGCCAUAGCAUUAUUAUUAUUAUUAGAUUUGGGCCGUGACCAUAAUUCAUAAUAUAUAUAGGUCCGUGACAUAAAAAAAAAAAGGUGUCCCUUUACGCUUACAUUUAAAAAACAUAAUCAGAAAUUUCUAUGUCGAACAUCAUAAUAGAAUCUCAUCACCUGCAACUUCCACUAGCGGCACUGAGCCUCUUUCUUUGUACCUUUUAGUGUAUUCCGAGACAAAAAUGUUGGUCGUUGUUCUCAUCCUGUGCAGUUGUGUUUUUCUACAAGCAACUCCUGAAGUGCCUGAACAUGGUGCUUUCAAACACUCAGAAUCUCAUUAUAAAGAUGGAAUACAUAAUCCUGUUUUUGAUCAAGAAGCUCUACUAGGAUCUCAUAAUGUGGACGAUUUAGCUGAACUACCAAAUGAUGUACGCAUAAAAAGGCUGCGUAAUUUGGCAAAGUCGCAUGACAGCAACAACAAUGACAUUAUCGAGCUGGAUGAGCUAAAAGAAUGGAUACUUCAAUCAUUCAGAAUGCUAGACAGAGAGGAAGCCAUGGAGAAAUUACAAGAGGAAGAUGAAAAUGGUGAUAAAAAGGUGACCUUUGCGGAAAUACUUGGGAAACGACAUGGUUACGGAGAGGAGGACCUUCCACUUUUGGAAAAUUACGAGAGAGGUGACGAGGAUGUUGAUGUCUUGGAGCUGAUUAACGAUGACAAAAAGAGGUUCCUUGCUGCUGACCUAGACAAAGAUGGAGCCCUGAGUCAGGAGGAAUAUGUAGCUUAUUUUCAGCCCUAUGAUUUCCCUCACAUGUUUCAAGUGGAGAUGGAGAGAUCCAUGCAUGACAUUGAUAAAGAUGCUGAUGGUUUUAUAUCCAUGGAAGAGUUUAUUGGGGAAAAUGUAGAUGAUGAAACACGAAUCUCAGAGAUGACAAACUUUGAAGAACUUGACAAGGAUAAAGAUGGAAAACUUACUCCAGAUGAACUGCGGCCAUGGGCCUUGCCCGACAAUGAAGAUGUAGCUAAAGAAGAGGCAGAACAUUUGCUCAACAUGUGUGACCUCGACAGGGAUGGUAAGCUCUCCAUUGAAGAAAUUGUCAACAAGGAGGAGGAGUUUAUCGGAAGUUCAGCAACAGAUUAUGGCCGAACAUUACAUUUUGUAAGAGAUGAGCUGUAACUGUGUGUAUGAUCCAAUGUUUAUCUGUUGUUUACUUGUCCUCUGAGUUGUGAGAGUUAAAGUGCUGUAUCUAUUUGAAAUACAACAAGUGCAAUGAUGGCUUUCAUUCAUUCCCAUACAAAACUUUGUCUAAACAAGCAAAACCAAAAGCAGAUUUCUGCCUGAAAUCAAAGUAGUCUUUUUUUUUUUAUUUAAUCUAAUCACAAGCUGAUACUGUAAUGUUUUUUUGUAUGUUUUUUUUUGUUGAAGCAAUCCUCAAUAUACCCUAUUCCUUAAGAGUUAGAUAAUACUGAAUUCAAAGCUCUCUUUCAAUUUUGUGUCAUACUUUCAUAUCACCAUGCUUAGUAAAACAUAAUUUACUUUAAGAGAUAUAAAUUAAUGUAAUCUUUGUUUCUUUAAAUAAUAAAUAAAUAAAUAAAUAAAAUAAUCAAAGAAUCGGGGAACUAAUUUCUAGGGCCAAAUUCACAUUAGAACUCUUUUUUUUCCCUCAUAUUGCCAUUUUAUAAUGGAACAGGUUGCCUGAAUCAGGCAGGAAGACCAGUAACAUAAAAGUAACAACAUGAACAAAUGUAUUUUUAUUAAAGGAGUGUCAGUAAUUUUAAAAGAUAAGUUGGGAACAGACUUUUAUAUAAAACAGAGACAAAAUAUUAAAAAUUGUCUGCUGGUGAUCAAAACAAAAAAAAAUCUAUUAUUCCAUGUAUGUUUUAAUAGCACAGGAUGUAAAACAUUUCUGAACAAUGGGCCACUUUGAAUGACUGAUACCACUGUCAUGGCCAGUCACCAUGAACAAAAAAAUAUAUAAUAUUUGUAACUUUUUAAUCAAUGAUAUGUUGUAUAUAUAUUUAUAUACAUAUAUUUAUGUGUAAGAAAAAGAAUCAAAUUAUGAUAUUAUAAAAAGACUAGUACAAGUAGCUAAUUUUAUGACUGUGAAACUUGAUGAUUUUAUUCUUGCAUGUUUUAUCAAUGUCUUCUGUAACUAAUGUACUUGCAGUUUGUGAUUUAACUUCUAUGAUAAGUUUUUGUACAUUUUAUUCUUUAAAAAAAAAUGGUCAUAAAAAUACAAUUCAGAUAUGCUGAAAUCCUUUUGCAAAUUCAGUGCACAAAUUAAUCAAUACUAUCUGCAUAUUCAUAGAAAUCAAGAUCUGGAAUUUCUAUUUACCUUUUAGCCAGAAGAAAGGGAAAAAAAUGAAUGAUAUUUGGCUGCCUGGUAGUGCUGGCUAAAUUAUCAUUCGGAAUUUAUCCAUAGUCCCUUGUCCCAGGCUCAUUCCGUGACCGCUUCCUUCCCCUAGUGUCAUACUGCAGGAGGUUUGGACUAGCAAGUACAUAUCUUCCAACUCUGAAUGAACAUUCAAAACAUUUUGACAGACACUUAAACUGCUUCUUGUUUCUUUUUAAUUGAACAAAAUUAUUUUAUCAUUUGCUGUGAUUUUUUUUUUCUUCUAUUUCUUUGGUAAUAGGCUUGCAAGAUGCUGUGCAAAGUCUUUUUUUUAUUUGCUUCAAGCGAAAACAUUUCUCAAUAUAUUUCCAUAGAUAUCAAAUUCAUAUCAGUUUAACACUUAAGUAAGCCAGUAAUAUUAGGAAAAUCUGUCAAUUCUUUCUUAAAAUCUCCUUAGGGUUUACUCCUCGGCUAUAGAUGUAGUCCACACAUGAGAUGACAUUUUUCAUAACAUCAAUGUACCCAAGUACUUUUACAUUAAAGCUCACUAAGGAACACUAGAAUCUGUCUGGGAGGUCAGAUUAAGACCCACAGGAACAUCUUUUUCAUACUCUUGUUCUAGCAGAUAUGACAGUGGAGAUAAUAGUUAUGCUUUUCUGGGUUAAAUCUGCCAAUGUAAAAUUGUAAAAGAAUACACAAUAAUAAAAUCCUUAAAUAAUCAAUGCUUUGCAUUCUACAAAUUUUCUUACACCCCAUGCAUGUAUCCAAAGUCACCUAGAGUGUUACGUCCAUUCAUGCCUCACAGUUAUGUUGAUCAAUUAGAUCAGUGAUGGCCAUGCCAAUUUUGGCCCAGUGUAUUCUGGCCAGUUACUUCUUGUCUAAUAAUGAAAAAUAAAACUGCCCUUGAUGUAAUCAUAAAGCUUAUAGAUCUAAAAACUUUUGGAGCUAUCUGACUGACAAUGUCAAGAGUUCCUUUAAUCCCAUGCCAUCUAUAUUAAUUAAUCCUCUGUUGUAUUGUGCAAUACAAGAGUUGGAUGGAAAAAAAAGGAAAGAAUUUGUUCUUUUUGCAAAUUUGCUGAAAAUGAUUUUCUCAUUUCACAAGGUUAGAUUCAGAGACUUGAGAAAAAAAGAAAAACUUAGGAAUUAUGAAAAUAACUUGAGGAAAUUUCCUGUUGACUGUAAGAUUUGAAGAUUGUGUAGCAGAGAAACCAGACCUGUGGCUUUCAUUAACUGAACUCAAAUCUAAUGGUCAUCUCAAAACAAUUUUAUGUCUCAAAAUUAGAUUUCUACUAGAGCUAGUUGAAUUCCAGUUUUUCAAAUUGAAUAAUCCUCAUAUCCAGGGAUUGUUUUUGUGAAAUUUGCAUUUCCAUAUUUUUGUGAGCAGAUUUGUUUUUCAGUAAUGAAAUGUAUAAAAGCUGUGUCAGAAAUAGAUUGUUGGAUGAACACACUAGUUCACUUUAAGAUGUCUACAUCCCAAUCUGAAACAAAUUAUGAUAUCAAAACACUGGCAGCUUCCUGCGCUGUCAAUUUAAAUUGGGUAUAAAAUAUCCUAUUCAGAUAUUUUUUUUAAAUUGCUAGAGCCUGUUAAAAUGUGUCCUUUUUGAGACGAUCCUAAAAAAAAAAAGUUUGUCCAUCACUGAAAAGACUGACCAUUUAAAAAUAAAUAUACAGCAACAUUGCAGCGAACACAUACAGGGUAUCUAUUUUUUAUGUUAUUUUUUUACCUCAAAAAAAGUUUUAAUGUCUCAAUUGUUAUUUAUAAAUUAAAAAAAAAAAGCCAAAGACAUUUUUUUUUGUUGACAUU